UCUCUUCGAGUCUGCCCUUCAUUCUCUCACAACGCCGCCUGCCGUCGCCGCCGCCGCCGCCGGAGCCGGAUCACGGAGAGCUGAUAUCCAAUGGAGCAAAGCCCUACAAAGCUCUCCUACUUUGAUGAUAUGCGGGCACUUACCUCCAGUGCUACCAUCCUCUCAAUCUCGCAGGAGGAUAGUGGACGCCGUGCUGUGAUCCUUGACUCCACCAUUUUCUAUCCGCAAGGAGGCGGGCAGCCCUCGGACACUGGAUUCAUCUCUAAUUCCACCUCAGAUUUCAAGUUUAUUGUGCAAGAUGUUAGAUUGAAGGAUGGAGUGGUUUGGCACUAUGGAAUUUUAGAAUGCCUUGAAGAUGCAUGUGAAUCCAAAUUUGAGGGGCAAGAAGUUAGCUUGCAUGUUGAUGCAGAGAGGCGAGAUUUCAAUUCUAGACUACAUUCAGCAGGACAUUUGUUGGAUGUUUGCAUGCGCAAGGUAGGAUCGUCUCAUCUGGAACCAGGGAAAGGCUACCAUUUUCCUGAUGGGCCAUUUGUUGAGUAUAAAGGUGUAAUCCCUAAGGAUCAAAUCCAGAUCAAACAAAAGGAAUUGGAGGCAGAAGCUAAUGCAUUGAUAUCAAGUGGUGGGAAGGUUUUGGUUUCUAUUUUACCGUAUGACGAAGCUGCUAAAUGGUGUGGUGGUGAUCUUCCUAGUUAUAUUGCUGAGGGCAGUACCCCACGGAUUGUGAAGCUCGGCGACAACCUUGGAGGCCCUUGCGGCGGGACUCAUGUGACUGACAUUGCUGAUAUUGGAAGCUUAAAGGUUUCGCAGAUUCGAACAAAGAAAGGCUUCACAAAAGUGUUCUACAAUAUCAACCCUUAAAGACUCAUUUAUAAUCAUAUUACCAUUUGAAAUGAAGAGUGUUAAUCCAAAUGUAUUCUUGCUUAUAAACUUGUAAUUAAUUUUGUAUUUUCCCACAAAACUUUAAUAGGUAUUGUUGUAGUUUGAACAAUUUGAACCGAAAUAGCCACAUUUAAUAUUAAUAUGUUAUAUAAAAUUAUUAUUAAUUAAA